GGAAAGAAUUAAAUAUGGCGGACGCAGCUCCAGCCCAACGUGGCGGUUUUCGAGGAGGGUUCGGUUCACGUGGAGGUGGUGGACCAGGAGGACGUGGUGGUCGUGGAGGACGUGGUCGUGGUCGUGGUCGCGGACGUGGCCGCGGUAAAGAGGAUUCCAAGGAAUGGGUGCCCGUGACCAAGCUUGGGCGCCUUGUUCGGGACGGCAAAAUCAAUUCGCUUGAGGAGAUUUACCUCUUUGCUCUGCCCAUUAAAGAGAGCGAAAUCGUCGACCACUUCAUCGGGCCCCAGCUCAAAGAUGAGGUGCUGAAAAUUAUGCCCGUCCAGAAGCAGACGCGUGCCGGUCAACGCACUCGCUUCAAGGCCUUCGUCGCCAUCGGUGACAGCAAUGGUCACAUCGGCUUGGGUGUCAAAUGCUCCAAAGAAGUAGCCACAGCCAUCCGAGGUGCCAUUAUUCUGGCCAAACUGUCGGUCGUACCAGUACGCCGAGGAUACUGGGGUAACAAGAUCGGUAAGCCUCACACGGUGCCCUGUAAGGUCACUGGCAAGUGCGGCUCGGUCCAGGUGCGCUUGAUUCCAGCGCCAAGAGGUACUGGAAUCGUUUCCGCCCCAGUUCCCAAGAAGCUCCUACAGAUGGCCGGUAUCGAGGACUGCUACACCUCGGCUAGAGGCAGCACGUGCACCCUGGGUAACUUUGCCAAGGCCACCUAUGCCGCGAUCGCCAAGACUUACGCCUACUUGACGCCCGAUCUAUGGAAGGAAAUGGCCCUCACCAAGACUCCAUACCAGGAGUUCGCCGAUCAUCUGGCCAAGAACCACAAAGUCGUCACUGGCCCACGAACCACCGAAACUGUCUAAAUGUUGUACAAAUUUCCGAGCAUAAGAUCGAUCGAGAAAUAAAUUUCCUUUGUCGUCAUCAUCAUCAUCUUA